UCUUGGAUAGAGAUGAAUGGAAAGACAGUGCUGUGGCAUAUCAAGACGAUGUGGGUCUCUGGACCGAUGGGGGGUUAAAGGAUCAUAUCGAUAAAUUUGUAAAGCUAGCACAAAGUUUCAAACAAGCGGGGCUUACCUUCGCGGCUAAAAAGUGUCACCUGGCGUACAAAGAGUUGAGCAUGUAUGGAUACAUAGUAGGGAAGAAUGGUUUACAGGUUGAUACAAAGUGUACGACGUUAAUCGAACAAUGGCAAAGGCCUAUCUGUGUAAGGGACGUUAGGUCAUUUUUGGGCGUUAUGAACUACUAUCGACGUUUUGUAAAGGAUUUUAGUAAAAUAGCAAAGCCUCUUACCGAAUUGACAAAAAAGGAUGUAGGUUUCCGUUGGUCUGACGAACAAGAUAAGUCGUUUCAAACGCUGAAGACUCUGUUGGCAGAGAACGUUAUGUUGAAAGCCCCUAACUGGCAAGACGCAAAGAAUGGAGUUCGUCCAUACCAAAUGUAUGUCGAUAUGUAUGACAUUUCGUUGGGUGUGGUAUUGGAACAAGCCGAUGAAAAUGGAAGGUUGCGACCUAUAACGUUCGAAUCCCGAAAGUUGAACGCCCAUGAGUUACAUUAUACAGUCACUGAAAAGGAGUGCCUUAGUAUAGUUUAUGGAUGUAAUGUAUGUGAGCGUUAUGUUGGUGUAAUGACCUUUGAUAUCUGGGUGGAACAUCAAGCACUGGAGUGGCUUUUUCACAAAGCGCAGUUAAAGGGUUGUUUAAUGCAGUACGUCGAAAAUUUGUUGAUGAUGGUUGAGAUAGAAGGAACAAAAAUGCAAGAUUUGGAGGCUAUCAAACACUACUUGACCAAUUUUGAGUGGCCAGCUCACGUGACAAAUGAGUCGCUUCCCCGACUCAGACGAAAAUUGAAAAUUUAUUGUUUAAUAGGUGGUCAGUUGUUUCGAAGAGCGGCAAAGGGAAAACCACCUUGA